UCGGGAGGCAAAACAGACAGGAGUGUCUAGCUCCAUGAUGACAACAUUUACCAAAUUCUGCUACCUCUCCCUGCUUCUUAUAAUGCUACAUGAUACAGUGUACGCCAGUACAUGUGAGAUCGAUACAUUCGAUGAAAAAUGGAAUAAAAGGGAAAAUGAGAUUUUAAAUAUCUUCUAUCUUCUUAACAUCACGGAUGGUUCAAAUUAUUCAGAAAAGUUCAAUGUCAUUUUUGAUGUGUGCGAGGGAAACAAGCUGGCGACCCUGUGUAACUUUAUUUGGAAAAAACAGUCGAACCAAAUGAGUGUGACAAAUUGGAGAAAAGACAAAGAUACUCUCUGCUCUGCCAAACAUCUCAGCUUUAGCAGACAUGUGGUAACAUUCGACAUCCACAUUGUCCAGCUAUUCCGUCGGCCGCUGACCCUUCUGAAGUUGUCCAUCACCGACAGCAAAGAGUCAUUAGAGGUCCUUCGCCUGGUAGCCCUGGAGGUCUCAUAUCCACCCGAAGUCACGAGUCUCACUGUGAAUAGUCACGAGCUCGGUAGCGACUACGUCAUUAGCGAGGGUGAGAAGGUCACUGUCAUCUGUUCUUUUAACAAAGGAUACCCUCCAUCUCACUUCCACCUGGUGGACAAACUUGGACAGGAGCUGCAAAUUACUAGAAAUGAAGAAACUAUCAGCCAUUCAUUUUCUGUCGAGUGUGAAGACGAGUGGCCGAUCAUUGGGUGUGAAGGGGAAGGGUCGGAGGUCAAUAGGUCUGUGUCAUUUCUUGUGCGAUGUCCUCCUCAGUUUCUUGACAUGUAUCCGAAAAUCACCCGCCAUUCAUCACACGAAGAUUGGACAUUUAAUAUCAAGGCUUACACCACAACAAUUGAAAAGUGUUUGCUGACGACAGGCUCAUCAGGGAAGAUGAGCUCAAAAGAAGUGAACUGCACUCUGCACGGCGAUCCUCCUCACCUCGUCUUGACUGUUCGUCUGGAGAAGGAAGGACAAGCUGAGAGAAAGCACUGGACACUAACCCUCCGCCAUGAAAAGGGAUACUCGAGCAAAAUCUCAGGAUCCGACACUGUAGACAGUAAGUCCGGCUUUCUGAAAUUAGUCUUUAGCUAAAUGUGAACAAGGGUUACUGCAUGCAAAUAUUUGUCAUUUUCGAAUAAGGAUAUUUUAUAGGACAUUUUAGAAUAAAAGGACAAGAAUCGGGGUUACUGCAUAGAGCUGAUUUAUAUGAGUAUGGAAACCCCCGAAUGAAAACGAAAGACUCGCGUGGAAAUGGAAGGCAAUGGAGGCAAAAGACAUGAGUCUGAGCAUCACAUGAUUAUUCAUCUUUUUCCUUUUUUUUUCUCCUCUAUCUUUCAUGUGGAGUCUAGUUCUCAGUCUAAGAUAGCCAUAUCAUGAAGAACUAUUCAUUCUCCCCAACAGAACUUCGGGUAGAACUAAAGGGUCGUGACCGUAGACACUAGAAGACUUCCUGUCUUGUAGUCUUCAGCGUCCUCUGCUGAUUUCCCAGAAAACGCGCGUGCAGUACAUCUGUAUGAACAUUGAUGGGACUAUCAUUCACCAGCGGACAAUUUUAGCAAUAUUUUGAGGUUGUGCUGGUUUUGUCUGCCACCAUCACCUACGGAUGGAUGCCGGUCCAGAGUAAAGACACUGAAAAUGUCCAGCUCGCACUAAGUACGGGCAGGUGAGGGGCAAGACCGCGGUGUACGGACAGUACUACUCCUAGAUGGCCAAGUUACCAAGAAGGUUAACAGUCACACAUAAAUAAUGACCAUAAUAAUGACCGUAUCUCGGAUUUUUGGGUUCGCGGUCGGACUUUGCGCCGGAAUCGCUGGCCAGUUGGAGGAAUUUGGACACCCUGCCCGCUCCAUUGCCGCCUGGAGCAACCGCUUUGUCCAUCGCAGUCGCAGUGAGUUGAAAAAUUAAGUAAGAGUGUUCCUGAAAAAUAUUAUAAUAUUGAAUAUUCAAAAGAGUUGAGGCUAUUUAUACACAAUUUUUCUGUCCUUGGAUUUGCAACGCCCGAUAUACAUUUUAUUUUAUUUUAUUGACAAGAUUGUCACGAGGGCCAAACUUCAUCGUGUGACAGACGUGGUAUGCUUAUAUUCGAAUGUAGAAUUUUUUAAUACCUUUUGACUCUGAACUUAUCUACCUACUAUCUCCUUAUUUCUCCCAUUAUAAAUUACUGUCUGCUGUAUUUCUUUAUCGCUGCCCAAAAGACCUUGGAGCUGUUAGUAACCUUUUCUAGAGAUUUCAUUUUUGGGAGGAUAAAGGUCACCUAUGAGAAUGUUACCAGCCACCCCAAGGUCUUUGGGGAUAAGUAAAAGGGACCUUGGGUCGACGGGGCAGUCUAGCACUCGUCGUUCUUGUAGGUAGUCUGUUCGUGUCAAAUGCAUGUACAUACACAUUUUGCCAUCGAAACUACAAAGGAAUUCCUUUUUUAAGUAUCUACAGAUUGUUUUAGGAAUGCUAUUACUGGGUAUAAACGUUGAUGAAAAAUCACCGGAUCUGGAAAAAAAGUGAAGCUUAACCCCAAGGGAAAGUGCAACGAAUGAGAGAUAGAUGGAGCUGGUUUAAGAGACCACGUGAUCUCGUUAACCUAUUGUGGUUCAGAGGUCAUGAAGGACGGGUCUUCACCUAAUCUCCAGCGAUUCGUUCCCGUUUCACGGCGACUUCCUGGUGGGAGGAAGACAGUGUGGGGGGUAGUGUCAGGGGUCAGUGCACAGUCACAGGGGAGAGGUUUUAUUUCUCGGUGUCUAUUCGGUCCCACUAGCUGUCAGGCUACAUUGAAGUACUUGAGAAAGCAUCAAGCCAACUCAAGCAUACUCUGAGGAAGAAUACUCAGCAUGCAUAAACUGUCUCCUUUAAAUUAUGUGAUACCCGUGUUUUAACCUAAAUUCCAGUACUUCUAAGAACUUUGUAUGGUAGAAGUAAGUGUCGUACCAUGACCUUUGUCAGAUUGAGUUUGUCAGGAGUGAGUUGUUUGAGAUCUCACUUUUCAUGCCCAUCUCUUCUCCCUCGCUGCCUUACCUUCCCCAACCUUCUUUGGAGUCAGGUACCCAUUUCUGCCAGCGGGGUCAAGUGGCGACACUGAGCUGAUCUACACGGGUAUUGAACCUGUGCGCCUUAUGGUUUGGUCACCAUCGCUCUAACCACUUGACUAUCCACUCUGCAAAACGAAGAGGCGGUUAAAUUACUGGUUGGAAAUGGAGUUAGAUUGUGCAUGCAUCACUGAUUUAACUCUACAGCACUUCAAUAUCCCCUUGAUAAAGGGACUAAAGCUCUGCAUCAACAU